CCUUGGAAUCUAACUUGAUGCUAGUCCGUUAACUUCUGUGCGGUUAGCCAACCGAAGCAUGAGGUCGGUGUUCUGUCCGUUUAACCCGGGUACCGUUAAAUGACAUAAAUGUCGCCAUGAUAGCUGUAAUGCUUUAGCUCUUUUCGGGUUCAGUUGAUUCUUGUUUGAAUGAAACGGAAACGCUAGCUUCCCUCCCCCUACCCCACGCCUCCAGCACCGCUUGAGUCUGUGACGGGCUUAGCCAUGAUGUGGUUGUAAAUAACUGCUGUCGAGGGAAGUUAUAAUUGACAUUAUCAAAGCUGAUAUCGACCUGUCAGCAUUCGUUUAGCGCUCGCAUGCUUUUAUUCUGAUAGUCGCUCGAGUUCCGCGUCUGGAGGGUCCGCUACAUUUCGUUGACUGCGUCCACAGUCCUUCACGUCAGAAGGAAAACAUGUCUUUCUUCAAUUUUUGGAAGAUGUUUAAGUUACCCGAAAAAAAGAAGAAGCAGUAUGAACAUGUUCACAGAGACGUCGAUCCAGAAGACAUUUGGGAAAUAAUUGGGGAGCUAGGAGAUGGCGCUUUUGGCAAAGUGUACAAGGCGCAGAACAAGCAGAAUGGGACACUGGCUGCUGCUAAAGUCAUCGACACAAAGACAGAGGAUGAAUUGGAGGAUUACAUGGUGGAGAUCGACAUUCUGGCCUCCUGCAACCAUCAUCACAUCGUCAAACUGCUGGAUGCCUUUUUUUUUCAAGGCAAGCUCUGGAUUCUGAUCGAGUUCUGUGCCGGUGGUGCGGUCGACGCCAUCAUGCUGGAACUGGAGAGGCCCCUGACUGAGCCUCAGAUCCGAGUGGUGUGCAGACAGACGCUGGAGGCGUUGAUUUACCUUCACGAGAACAAAGUCAUCCACCGAGACCUGAAAGCUGGAAACAUUCUCCUCUCCUUGGAUGGAGAUGUAAAACUAGCUGACUUUGGGGUGUCUGCUAAAAACACCAACUCUUUACAAAGAAGACAUUCUUUCAUCGGCACGCCUUAUUGGAUGGCACCAGAGGUGGUGAUGUGUGAAACGUCCAAAGACCGUCCGUACGACUACAAGGCCGACAUCUGGUCCCUCGGGGUCACACUCAUCGAGCUGGCACAGAUCGAGCCACCCAACCACGAGAUGAAUCCCAUGAGAGUGUUACUGAAAAUAGCCAAGUCCGAGCCACCCACUCUCAUGCAGCCCUCUCGCUGGUCUCCAGAAUUUAGAGACUUUUUGAGGAAAGCUUUGGACAAGAAUGUUGACAACAGGUCGAGCGCAGCACAGCUCCUACAGCAUCCUUUUGUCACCAGUGUAACUGAUAGCAGACCUCUCAGAGAGCUUAUAGCUGAGGCCAAAGCUGAAGUCACAGAGGAGAUUGAGGACAGCAAAGAGGAAGAGGAGGAGGAAGAGCCCGAUACACCUGUGAUGGCUCCUGGACACAAGCGAGGACCUUCAGAUGUCAGCAUGGCCAGCUCAGAGGAGGACAAAGUCCCACCAACUCCCUCCAACCUUGAAUCGGUUACAGAAAAGACAGAGGCCAAGCCGGUGGAGGACCGAACCAGCGAUAAGCUCUCUGAUGAAGGGCUUGGAGCAAGCGAAAUAGAUAAGAAUGAGGAUGAAAAGCUCAAUGAUGUGUCUGAUGCCAGUAAUGAAGACUUGGCUUCUGGACUAAUAGAGACUAGCAAGGACCUUGGCUCACAAGUGUUGUCCAGUGCUGAACCAGAAGGAGCUCAAACUGAAGAGGUUUCCAUCGAUACUGUGUUGUUUGAGCCAAAAGAACUCGUAGAUUCCCAAAAACCUACCACAGGUGUUAAAGAUGUAGAAGAACACAGUGAGACAGAGGACAGAGUAGUGGAGGGAGAAAUAAGCCAAGUAAGCGAAGAAGGAAAAGUUCAAGAUGACAAAUGUGUAGAAAAAUCACAAGACAAGCCUGAAGAGACACAAACACAAAUGGAAGCAAAAUCAGAGGACAACACUCAGGCUAACGAAGAACCUGAAGACUCAAAUAAUGACACUUCUAUACCCAAAGUGACAGAGGACAGAAUGGAAGACAUGAACCGUGUCGAAGCUGAACACGUAGACUCUGAGGAUGUACAAUCAAAUUUAUUAAACACAAAUGUAAAUGGAGAUGCAGAUAUCAAGACAAGUGUGGAAGAGUCCUCCGCUGAAGCUGAAUCAGAAAAUAUGAGUCAGUCAGAGGAAAAGAGGAAGGGUGAUGUCCCAGAGGAGCCGGAGCAACCUUCACAAGAGAAUCAUGCAACAGAGGAGUGUGAAGUACAAGAACAAGCACCAAGUGAAGCCAACACAGUCAGUGAAGAAGUUAGAGAUGCAUCUGAGGUUUCUGAGCCAGCGGUUACUUCUAAAGACGACUCUGUCAAGGAAGAUAAGGAGAAAGCUUCUAGCACAGAUGACACCUCCCAAGAUGCCAUUUCUGUCCAAGAGAGUGAAACCGGUUCAGAAACCAAGAUGGAGCACGGAAGUCCUAGUGUGACCAAAUUAGAUGUGGAGAAGGACUCUGACUCUGGAAGCAGCUCUGCUGCCGACAGCAACAGCCUUGACCUUAACCUGUCCAUCUCCAGCUUCCUGUCCAAAAGCAAAGAAGGAGGCUCCAUAUCUAUGCAGGAGUCAAAACGUCAGAAGAAGACUCUGAAGAAGACUCGCAAAUUCAUGGUAGAUGGUGUGGAAGUCAGUGUGACCACGUCAAAGAUCGUGACGGACAACGAUGCCAAGAGUGAGGAGAUGAGGUUCCUGAGGCGUCAGGAGUUGAGAGAGCUGCGCCUCCUUCAGAAAGAGGAGCAGAGGGCCCAGCAGCAGCUGAGCGACAAGCUGCAGCAGCAGAAAGAGCAGAUCUACAGGCGCUUUGAACAGGAAACAACUGCAAAGAAACGUCAGUACGACCAAGAGGUGGAAAACCUGGAGAAGAAGCAGAAACAGACGAUUGAGCGUCUGGAACAGGAUCAUACCAGCCGGCUCCGAGACGAAGCCAAACGCAUCAAAACGGACCAAGACAAAGAGCUGUCCAAGUUCCAAAACAUGCUGAAGAACAGGAAGAAGGAGGCCUUUCAGGAAGCUGGACAGACACCCAGACACAUGAGAAAAGAGCUCAUGAAACGGUUAAAAGAGGACCUGUCCCUUCUCCAGGCUUCAGAGGCAGUGACCCAGGUUAUGAUACAGUCUUUUCACUUAUCCUCAUGUGCUCUCUUCAACGCUCAGAUGCAGGAUGAGCAGGAGUUCCUACAGAAGCAGCAGCAGGAGCUGGAUGGAGCUCUGAAGAAAAUCAUCCAACAACAUAAGUUGGAGAUAGCCACCAUCGAGAGGGACUGCCUCAAUCACAAGCAGCAGCUGCUGAGAGCUCGAGAGGCAGCAAUGUGGGAGUUGGAGGAGCGCCAUCUGCAGGAGAAGCACCAGCUGCUCAAACAGCAGCUGAAGGACCAGUACUUCAUGCAGAGGCAUCAGCUUCUGAAGCGGCAUGAAAAGGAAAUGGAGCAGAUGCAGCGCUACAACCAGCGUUUGAUAGAGGAGCUGAAGAACAAACAAAACCAAGAGAGGGUUCGUCUUCCCAAGAUCCAACGCAGUGAUGCAAAGACUCGCAUGGCCAUGUUUAAGAAGAGCCUCCGCAUCACCGUCACAGCAGUUAUGACCCCGGAGCAGGAGAGGGAGCGGGUCAAACAGUUUGCAUCACAAGAGGACAAGAGACAGAAGAACGAGCGACUUCAUCAACAACAGAAACACGAGAACCAGAUGAGAGAUCUGCAGCUGCAGUGUGACUCCAACAUCAGAGAGCUGCAGCAGCUGCAGAAUGAGAAGUGCCACCUUCUAAUCGAGCAUGAGACUCAGAAGCUGAAGGAGCUGGAUGAAGAGCACAGCCAGGAGAUAAAGGACUGGAGGGAAAAGCUGAGACCUAGGAAGAAGGCGUUGGAGGAGGAGUUCACCAGAAAGCUGCAGGAGCAGGAAGUCUUCUUCAAAAUGAGCGGUGAAUCCGAAUGCCUUAACCCCACCACCCAGAGUCGAGUGUCCAAAUUUUACCCCAUCCCAAACCUGCAGAACUCCGGUUUAUAGCCUUCGUGUAAAUGUUCAAGUAAACAAACUGCUGUCCCACUCAUCUGUGCUCACUGCAUCCUCCUUAAGGUCACCGGUUAAGAUAAGAAUGUCAGUUCUGCUACCAUUAGUGAGCAUGAUGUGCCUACACACCGUCCAUCAUGAGGUUUUCUCAGCUUUCUGGGAAAUACCUAAUGUAUUGUGCACUUUUUGAGCAUGUUCAGAUUUUUAUAAUGAGGGGAAAUCUGAAACUGGAAGCUGAAUUCAGUCACGCCUGUGAAUUAUCUCCAGUGCCUCGUGCAUUUGUUUUCCAGCAUUUAGGUCCUUUCUUGUUUAACUACUCGCUGUUGAAAAACUGAAUGUUUUGCACUCCAAUAACUGGUUAUGAUUCCUGUUCACAAAAUGCUAAGAUUAUUUUUUUAUCAUUUCACAUUAAAACAGACUGUGAGAGUUAGUUUGGCUGCAUGUAAAGUUGAUCUUGUGAAGGAAGAUGAACAGAAAAAGCUGUAGAUCUGACGUCUGAUCUUCUGUGCGCUGUGUUUAAUGUUAUGAAAGUCCAAAAAAAGAAGCAUCAUAAGAUGUCUAAUAGAAUGUACCGAGUUCUGUGCUGCAUACAUAUGAAGAUCAAUUAUUAACUGUUACCAAAAACUGUUAUGAGAUUAAAUAUCUAAUAAUUAUUUAACAAAUACAAUCUUUUCAGUCCCCUUUUUAAAUCAUCCCUAUUGUUUAGAUGAAUCCAUGCUGAGUGGUUACAAACGUUUUAUAAAAAUUAUAAGUUUGAGUUCCUGGACGUUAAGGUGCUGCUUUAACUAAGAAGUACGCAGCUGUAAGUUUUCAUCAUUUCAUCUUUAGACUGGGCAGAUUUUUAGUACUUCUUUUACAUCCUCGUCUUGAUAUUUGAAUGUUUAUUGCUGAAACAACAAUGCUGUAAUUGAUGCUGAGCUGAAGUCCAGUGCUGUUGAUCUCUGAACUUCAGCGUUUAACGAGGAAAAGCCCUCAGCUGUAUGUCUGCUUAUUUUGUCUCCACAUAUCAUCAGAGCAUGUUUUAAUUUUUAUCCACUAACAUCAACUUCAUUUUUCUUAUGGAUGCUGGAUUUUCAUUUGAACUGCCAGGCACCAUUUAGUCCAUGUGUUUCAUUUGUUGUAUCGUUUUGAUUUGUCACCCUGCCGUUAUGCAUAUUAUGCAUUUUAGAUGUCAGGUCAAAUGCAUUUAAUGAAUCUUUAUACAUUUUCUUGUAAAUAAAAUAUUCACUGUU